AAAAUAAAGCUUUCCAUCAGUUUACUUUCAGCUGCUGCACUUGACUUUACUCUUUGUCACUAAAUAAUAUCCAAGAUCAAAAUGUCGACGAUUGUGAGGAAACUUAUCAGCACUGUAAAUGCUGCCAAGCCUGUGGCUCCCUACAAUCAGGCUGUUGUGGCCGAUCGCACUGUGUAUGUGUCCGGGUGUCUGGGUCUCGAUAAGGAUACCAUGCAGUUAGUUCCUGGAGGGCCAACGGAGCAGGCGGAAAAGGCCCUGGAAAAUCUGGAGGCGAUCCUCAAGGCAGCCGAUUCCGGAGUGGACAAAGUGGUCAAGAACACAGUCUUCUUGAAGGAUCUCAACGAUUUCGGGGCCGUUAAUGAGGUCUACAAGAAAGUGUUCAAUAAGGAAUUCCCGGCCCGCAGUUGUUUCCAGGUGGCCAAAUUACCAAUGGACGCUCUGGUAGAGAUCGAGUGCAUCGCCUUGACCGGAUCUGUCGAAACCAAAACCGUGCAAUAACAAUCAAAACCCAGUAAGCUUUGAGAAAAAUGUUUUCAAUAUAUUUAUGAAAAAUUAUUGAAAAUAAUAUACAACCUGGCAAAAACUGUUGAUCUUAAAUUGCUAUGUUAAUUUUUGAAAAAAUUUGUAAAUGUUAAUGUGUCAUGAAUUUAUAUUUACAUACAUAUGUGUGUCAGUACAAAAUAAAAAAAAAAAUCCACCAGA